AUGCUCACGCAUUUCAAAGAAAGUUGUGCUCGAAGUCGCGAAAGUCUGGAAGGACUGUUGAGCAAAAUGCGUCCUGAAAAUGACAACGAUGCUUCCGGCCACUUCCGAGACCAGCGUGUGUUGCAGGAAUCCAGAAGCGGAGCAAGCGAAUGCUAUCUGGGUAUUGAUAUACAAUCGUAUCUGUCUAGAUCAAUUCAAAGUAACCUGAACGACAGAGUUCGUUGUAUCGUGACGGAUUCAGAGGCGGCAAUAAAUCAGAUCAGCAUGCUUUCGCUGCUCGUGGACCCUUGCAGCCACGUGCUGUGCGAGCUGCAUCUGCGUUCAAACGUUGAAAUGCUACUGAAGCAGUGUGACGCGAACAAGGAAGUUCGAAACGAAAUAACAGCAAUAAUAUUUGAGCAAGAAUUGCAAAUGGUACACGGAAGAGAACGAAAAUGCGAUACGUUUGACAUUAAAUGA